AUGCAUUUUGCAACGAAGCCAAGGCAUGGAGUUCGGUUCAGUUUUGUCUCUUGUACACUUUCGGAUCAUUUAUUGCAGGAGAAGUUUUUCUGUCCAGUUUGUUCAGCAAUACAGCCUAUCGAAGAUACCAAUUAUUUCACUUAUCUGGGAGUGCGGCCAGGAUUUGACGUUGAUUUGUCAUUGCUUAAGAAGAAUUUCCUCAAAUUGCAAUCUGCAGUUCAUCCUGAUAAAUUUUCGACGUGCUCACAGAAAGAACAGGAAAUAUCAGAGCACUGUUCUCAGUACCUCAAUGAGGCAUACAAGACCUUAACAGAACCGUUACGAAGGGCGAGCCGUCUGCAGUUGUUCAUUGGUCUGAUAAGCGCAACUUUUUUUGUAGAAGCUUCGGGCAGUACAGAUUUUCUCGUGGAAAUGAUGGAGCUGAAUGAACGGGUGGCAGCAAUUGAUGAUCCUGAGGAAUUGAAGAAUUUAUUGUAUAACGUUGAAAGGAGAAUCGAUGUUCUAGGCGAGGAAUUCAAAAGUAGCUUCGAAGCGAACCAGCUUGAAAAGUCUAAAGAGAUUGUGCUUAAGCUGACAUUUUAUUACCGUUUGAAGGCUGUUUUAUCGAAUAAGAUUGUAGAUAAUGUAUAA